AUGACGCCGUCUGGGUCGCAGUGGGUGGUGCGGGUUUGUCCGGUCGGAGGUUGGCGUCCGGCCAAUCGCGGGGGCCUACUGGCUGGUGUGGUGGCGGUGGCGGUGGCCUUGGCGCUGCUGCUCUUCGCGGCACUGGUGUCCAGGCGCCAAUUGACCCCCGCGGAUUUGAUACUCAACAUGUUGGCCCGGCUUUUGGAGGGCUGCAUGCCCGACCUCCGUGAUGUGGUCUUCAUCCGCCAGGCGAUCAUCCGCGGCGCGGACCUGUAUCAACCCGUGGAUCUCAGGAAACACAUCCGCAGCGCCAACUUGGACAACGAAGUGGCUCGCGCAUUGAUGCAACAGCUCGGCAACACCACGGUCGCUACAUCCACGUACGACAGCAGCACGCACCUGUACGGCGGCGAAUCGGACUACACGCAGCUACGCGUCGCCGCCAGCAGCCUGACCAGCAAGGGUCUGAGUCCCGCCCAGCCCCAGCAGCAGCUACACGGUCAGGCUCAGCAAGAUUGCUCGACGCUGGCGGGUGCGCUGGCGUUCAUCUUGACGCCCCAGCCGGUAGCGCUGACGGCAGCACCGGCAGUGGCGGUAUCGGCUGUACGGCGUUUGGAACCGGUAGAGUCUUUGUCAGGGGAUCCGAUCGGAUCCGAAGCCUUAUUCCUUCCCCCGCGCGAAACCGAGGCGGGCAGCAUCGCCAGCCCGAGGUUAUCCAUGCUUGGUGGCAUGGUCCGCGCGGUGUCGCUGCUAAGGGAUGGUGGCGGCGGCGGCGGCAGUGGCUCGGCAGGGCCGGCGGCAGCGGCUGCAAUCCCGCCCAUUCUAGCCGCCGCCGGCAGCGGCGGCGGCAUGGGUGUCGGCGUCGGCUCAUGCCGGCUUGGCGCCAGCAUGGAGCUCGUACAAGAAGAGGAUGAGCAGCUGUGCCGAUUCCAGCGCCAGCAGCGGCACCACCACCAUCACCAACUUCAGCGACAGACGCCAGGCGGCUCAGUUAGGCGGUCGAGCCUGGCGCUCCGGGAACAGGUACGGCGCUUCAGUCGCGACGACGAUGUGGGGGAUGUGGAACUGCCGCCGCCGCCGCUGGCUCAUAGUGACCUCGAUGUCGCCGCCGCCGCCAUCGCCGCCGCCGGCGGCACACCUGGUGCCAGCGGCGGCGGCGGCGGCGGCGGUGGCGGCGAAAGCGACGGCCGUCUCACACCCAACUCUGCAACCAGCAUGACACAAGAGGACAGCACGUUGGGCAUCGGCACGUUUUCUGUCGUACGACGCCUGCCACGCCGCGUCGCGUCCGCCAUGAACAUCCUAAGCCGCCCCGGCAGCUCCCGCCAACGCCGAUGCAGCCUUCUCACAGCCGCCAACGGCUGCACUCAAACAGAUGUGGCGGCGCUUGAGCGUCGAUUGGCGCUUAUUGUGUCGGCAGCAGCGGCGCCGCCGCCGACGCCCGCCGCUGCCGCGGCGGCAGCGGCGGUGGCGCGCCGCGCCUCGGUCGCUUCCGUGGCGUCGGUACCUGAGGUCCUCGUGUCGGACUGCCCGCGUUCUGAAGGCCUGCCGGUGGUCGCCCGCAGGUCCGGGACGGGAUUGGAGGUUGGCGGCAACCGAGCGAUGUUUACCCUACCAUGUGGCGGCGCUGCCGUCAACGGCCGGAGGAGUCAUCUGGGGUCCGGCCCGUGUCGGGCGUCGGCGCUGCUGCGAGCAUCGAGCGUUCCCCCACCCCCCCCCCUGAUUGAGGAGGUCGAACGGUUCCUCUCAAACGCCUGUGCCUGGCAGUUUGACACUUGGCGACUUCGCGACAUCACACACGGCCACCCGCUCUCGGCACUGGGAUUCUACCUCAUACAAAGAGCCGGGUUAAUUGCGCACUUCAGCCUGAACCCCGUUAAGGUGGCCAGGCUGCUUCGCCACAUCGAGGCCGGCUACAACGACAACCCCUACCACAACGCCACCCACGCCGCGGACGUGCUCCAAACCCUGCACGUCAUCAUCCACGGCGCGCAGCUGCACGUGCACUACCUCGACCAGCUGGGGCUGCUGGCGGCGUACUUUGCGGCGAUCGUUCACGACUACGGGCACCCGGGCCUCACAAACGACUUCCUGGUGGCCACAUCGGACCCGCUGGCGGUCAGGUACAACGACAAGUCACCGCUGGAAAACCACCACGCAGCGGCGGCGUUCAGCUGCAUGCGCCGCACGGGCCUAGACGUGUUGGCGCCGCUGACGACGGACCAGAAGUCCACUUUUAGAAAACAGGUCAUAGAAAUGGUGCUCGCAACGGACAUGAAGCAGCACUUUUCGUUGCUUAGCCAUUUCAGCACCGUCCACAGGCUCGCUAGCUACAACAAACCCGCGGCAGUGGCAGGAGGCCCUCCGCCCUCAGGGUCAGUGGGGGCGACAUCCGCAGACUGUAAAGCCAGCUUGGAGCUCCCUGCGGUAUCGAUUGCCUCGCCGUCAAUGCUUGACAUGGCUCCGAAACCGUUGGACGAGACGGAGCGGCUGCUCAGUUUGCAGAUGGUCAUCAAGGCGGCGGAUUUGGGUCACCUGGGGGAGGGCUUUGAAGUGCACAAGCGGUGGCUGUCUAGCUUGGAGGAGGAGUUUUUCCGCCAGGGCGACAAGGAGCGGCAGCUGGGAAUCCCCAUCAGCCCCCUGUUUGACCGGGCCAAGCAGGGAGUCAGCAAGAGCCAAGUCGGGUUUUACGACUUUGUAGCACUGCCGCUGCUGCACGCGCUGUGCAGCGCAUUCCCGGGAACUCAGCCGCUCAUGACCUGCUUCAUGGACAACUACCACCACUACACCGCAGAUUCGCAUGCGCUUGCCGAGUCUUGAAGCUUUAAGAUGCAAGCUCAGCAGACGCCCCGCCAGGCUGCGGUUGCGGUGCAGCCAUCAAGCACCUGAGCCAGAACCCACCGAACUAGGCAUAAUCGGAACCCAAUGGCCCGCAAAUGGAGCCUAAGAACAAAUAUAUGGAAGUCAUGUUUUGAACUGCAUCGUACAUGUGUUGGUUGGUGCAUCUGUGGGUAGUGUGCGAGUAUGCAUGCAUGGGCUUUAAAACUGUUGCAGUGGGGGCCAAGUGCGCGUGGCUGGGUUGACGGCCGGGUUUGGGGGGGAGAAUAUUUUCUCAAAUUGACCGAUGAGUGCGUUGGUUAUUAGGAAUGAAGAGAGCUUGGGGAUGAAGAGAGCUUGGGGGUGAAGAGAGCUUGGGGGUGAAGAGAGCUUGGGAUUUGUCUGAGGGCGCCUCGCGAGAGCUGUCCUCCCUGGACUUGAGCCGUUCCCCCUCUCCCGGGCAGUGUUUUUUUGAAGUAAUAUAUUACUUUUAAGGAAUAAAGAGGCCAUUUUGGCCUUUGGAAAAAAGGAAUGAAUUGACGCCGAUCCGUACAUUUUCAUUCCUCCAGCC